UUCAUUAAUAAAAGAGAGAGAAAAAGUAGGUAAGAAUUAGGGAAAAGAAACGAACUCCGAGGAUCCAUUCGAUGGUUCCUAUAAUAAGACAUUGACCAGCCACGUCACUAACUUAACAUAAGUAACGCCGCCGUCUGAUGUUCCAAAGCUGAGACAGACAAGGGCGAUAGAUACAUAGAGAGAGAAUGGAGAAAAGCAAAGAAGGAGAGAGUAUGGAAGAAGAAAGAAAAGAGAAGCGAAUUAGAUCAGACGAAGACAGAUCUGAUAAGGAACGUAAGACGAGGAGGAAUGAUAAGGAUGCCGUAAGCCUAGGAAGUUCUGAGAACCGAGGGAGAGGGAGAGGAAGAGGAAGAAAACCUAACGGUGAAGAUGAUUCUAAGAGAAGUCGAUCAGAAGAUGACUCGGACCUGAGAUCUGAGAAGCGACGUAACAGGGGGAAGAAAGAUAAGGAUGUCGCGAGCAUUGGAUCUCCGAGUUCUGAUAGCCAAGCAAGAGGAAGAGGGAGAGGAAGAGGGAGACCGAGAAAAUCUGAGGGCGGAGAGCGAAUUCGAUCAGACGACUCAGAUAGGCUGAAAGACGUUAGAUCUGAAGAUGCUGUGAGUAUAGAAUCUCCGAGUUCUGAGAGCCAUGGAAGAGGAAGAGGGAGAGGAAGAAGAAGAGGAAGAGGAAACGAAUCUGACGGUGGAGAGGACUCGAAGCCAUCUACUGAAAGAAGAGGGAGCGUGAGAUUAAUGUCUACGCCCAACAAGGAUACUAACAACUCUGAUGAUGGAACGAAAAAGUAUGUGGGUUUGACUUGUCAUCAGUGUAAGAACUUAACCGAUAAGGUUGAUCUUGUCUUCUGUUCUAAAUGUAUCAAGAAGCGCUAUUGCUAUGACUGCAUCAACAGAUGGUAUCCAGAGAGAACGCCUGAGGAAGUUAGAGAUGCAUGUCCUUUCUGUCUCGGUAAUUGCAAUUGUAGAGCUUGUUUGCGUCAGCCUUUGCUUCUCAAGCAACCAAGUGAGAAGGACGCGAGUGUCAAGCUCAAGCAGUUGCAGUACCUAUUAGUUAAAGCUCUUCCUGUUCUUAAAGAUGUUUAUGCAGAACAGAGCCGUGAACUGGAGGUUGAAGCAGUAGUUAGAGGACUCCCUGUGACAGAAUCUGAUAUUACUUGGUCCGAACUUCAUCCAAGUGAACGCAUAUACUGUGAUCUCUGCAGAACAUCCAUUGCCAAUUUUCACAGAAGCUGUCUGAACCCAGAUUGUUCAUCCGACAUAUGCCUUUCUUGCUGCAAGGAACUUAGAGAGAGUUCACACGAUGAGAAGACAGAUGUGGAGAACAAUAUCUCUGACUCUGACUGGAAGCUAAAUCCUGACGGUAGCAUCCCAUGCCCUCCAAAAGAGCGUGGUGGUUGUGGUACUUCAACACUAGAGUUGAAACGGUUGUGGGAAUGUGAUUGGGUCGGUAAACUGAUAACAAAUGCAGAGGAAGUUACUCUGCAGUUUCAGCCACCAGAUGUGGAUAUUGCUCAUGAAUGUUCCUCAUGUACUGAACACUCUGAUUCCUUCAUCAGGAGGCAGGCGGCGUUUAGGAAGAACGGCCAUGAUAACUUUUUGUACUGCCCAAAUGCCGUUGAUCUGGCUGAAGACGAUAUUGCUCAUUUUCAGUCGCAUUGGAUGAGGGCAGAACCUGUGAUAGUCAGAAAUGUUCUCGACAAGACACCUGGACUAAGUUGGGAUCCGAUGGUUAUGUGGAGGGCUUGUAGGGAAAUGGAUCCAAAAGCUAAAUGCAAAGAAGAGGCAAAAAGCGUGAAAGCUUUGGAUUGCUUGGACUGGUGUGAGGUUGACAUAAAUAUUCAUCAGUUUUUUCAAGGCUACUUGAAAGGCCGUCAUGAUUGCAGUCGUAAAUCAGAUCGCACUGGUAUGCCAGUAAUGUUGAAGUUAAAAGAUUGGCCUCCAUCAACUCUAUUUGAAGAGCGCCUUCCAAGGCAUAACGCUGAGUUUAUUUCUGCGUUACCUUUCUUUGAUUACACUGACCCCAAGUCAGGUAUCUUGAAUCUGGCUACAAGACUUCCUGAAGGAUCCUUGAAGCCAGAUCUUGGACCCAAGACAUACAUUGCCUACGGUUUCCCUGAAGAGCUUAAUGGAGGAGAUUCUGUGACAAAACUACAUUGUGAUAUGUCAGACGCGGUCAAUGUGCUGACACACACAACUGAAGUGGAUAUACCUCCUUGGCAAUACAAACUUGUAAAAAAAGCAAAGUCGCGUAAACAACACGUUGGUCAACAGACGGAAGCCAGUGAAUGUGAAAACAAGUCAGUGAAAGAAGUAGAGAAUGAGGACAAGGCAGGUAACGAGGAACCAUCAAAUAGUAGUUCUAGACCGUCCAGCUCACAAGAAGAUAAUAAGAUGUUUGUUUCAAAAGGUGAAUGUAUUAAAACUGAAAGAGCUGAUCCUAUGGAAGAGUCAGGUCUAGUUUCUGAGAAGAAUGUAACGCCGAUGAACGAACCAAUUACUGGUUUGAAGACAGAGAGAUUAUCUCCAACGAACCAAAGUGAAGAUGAUCCCACGGUGGAGAACGGACUGAAGAUGCCAACAGCUCUUUUAACUGACCCGUGGGAUACAAAUAGUAGUCUCCCACAGCCUGUGGAAUCCAUAAAAGAGGAGAAACUGGAUUCUCCGAAAGAAACUGAAGGCAAUGUCAUUCAGAGUUUGGAUGGUAGUACAAGUGCGGAGUCUAUGCAAGAGCAGACACUUGAUGCUCCAAAAGAAACUAAUGGCAUUGCCAAAGAGAGUUCAAAUGGUGGUGCUGUGUGGGACAUCUUUCGAAGAGAGGAUGUUCCAAAACUUAUCGAGUAUUUGAAUAGACACAAGCAUGAGUUUCGUCAUUUCUUUAACGAACCUGUGGAAUCUGUUACUCACCCAAUUCAUGACCAGACACUGUUCUUGACUGAAAGGCAAAAGAAGCAGCUGAAAGAGGAGUUCGAUAUAGAGCCAUGGACAUUUGUGCAACAUCUCGGUGAAGCUGUUUUCAUUCCUGCAGGUUGUCCUCACCAAGUGAGGAAUAUACAGUCUUGCAUAAAGGUGGCACUUGAUUUUGUUGCUCCUGAAAGCGUAGAGGAAUGCCUUAGGCUAACACAGGAGUUCCGGAGGCUACCAAAAGACCACAGAUCCAAUGAGGAUAAACUAGAGCUUAAGAAAAUAGUGCUGCAUGCUGCCAGCUCAGCCAUAGUAGAAGCACAAGAUCUAAUGCAAAAGUCCAUGACUGAAUAAUGCUAACAAAAGACUCCUAAUAAGGACAUGAAGCUCUUCAUUGUAGGAGACUUGGUUUGUUCCCAAAGAUUAAAAUCAGGAGAAAGCCCUCUGUUUACUUUGUCAGGGAACAAACUCCCAUGUAACAUUAUUUGUAUCAGUAUAACUAUUCCGUGGCAUUUAUUUAUGUAACAUUAUUGUAUCAGUAAAACUAAUCUGUGGCAUUUUACUUCUGUAAUGUUAAGAACAAAGAUCCUUCCCUCUUA